GAUGACCCGGAGUCUCCUAGCCACCGCAGAGUAGUGCGGGGCCGGGGGCUCUAAGGGGUAGCCGCAACCUGGACGGCCCGGGACACAGCUGCGGGUUCCGGCCAACAGGCCCGGAGUCGCGGCCUCGGCUCCGCUGUGGGUGCACGGGCUGGGGCUGCGGCGACUCCUGUGCGCUCCGCGUCUGCGGCUGGUAGGAAUGGGGAUCGUCCCCAGAUCCCGCCUUCCGGGCAGGGCCUCCCCUGCCAGCGAUCCUGCCCAGAGUCCAAGGAUCCUCCUCGCUUCUCGUGGACUGCGGUGUCAGCCGCCCGAGCCGGUCCCCGGACACCUGGCCAGUUUGGGAUAUGAGAUUGAAAAUGACAACUCGGAAUAUUCCUGAGAGAGAAGUACCCUGUGAUGCAGAAAUGGAAGGAUUCACAAGGGAAGCUCCCUGCUUGUCCAUUUUAGGUGAUGGUUGGGACUGUGAAAACCAGGAGGGACACUUGAGUCAAUCAGCUUUAACUCUGGAGAAACCAGGGACUCAGGAAGCAAUUUGUGAAUAUCCUGGUUUUGGGGAGCAUUUGAUUGCAAGCUCAGACCUUCCACCAUCUCAGAGAGUUCUGGCAACCAACGGUUUCCAUGCACAUGACUUAAAUGUUAGUGGUCUGGAUUGUGACCCUGCCUUACCCAGCUGUCCUAAAAGUUAUGCAGCUAAGAGAACUGGUGACAGUGAUGCCUGUGGAAAAACUGUCAACCAUUCCCUGGAAGUUAUUCAUGGAAGAAAUCCAGUGAGAGAGAAGCCCUACAAAUAUCCUGAAAGUGUUAAGUCUUUUAAUCAUUUUACCUCUCUUGGUCAUCAAAAAAUAACGAAAAGAGGCAAGAAACUGUAUGAAGGUAAGAAUUUUGAGGACAUCUUGACCCUGAGCUCAUCGCUUAAUGAAAACCAGAGAAAUCUCCCUGGAGAGAAACAGUAUAGAUGUACUGAAUGUGGCAAAUGCUUCAAACGGAACUCUUCUCUUGUUUUGCAUCACCGAACUCACACCGGAGAGAAGCCUUAUACUUGUAAUGAGUGUGGAAAGUCCUUCUCCAAGAACUACAACCUGAUUGUGCAUCAAAGGAUCCACACAGGAGAGAAGCCCUAUAAAUGUAGUAAGUGUGGGAAAGCUUUCAGUGAUGGGUCAGCUCUGACGCAGCACCAGAGAAUUCACACAGGCGAGAAACCUUACGAAUGCCUGGAAUGUGGAAAAACCUUCAACCGAAAUUCAUCCUUAAUUUUGCACCAAAGAACUCAUACAGGGGAAAAACCAUACAGAUGUAACGAGUGCGGAAAACCCUUCACGGACAUCUCCCACCUUACAGUGCAUCUCAGAAUCCACACCGGUGAGAAGCCCUAUGAGUGUAGCAAAUGUGGAAAAGCUUUCCGGGACGGCUCGUACCUCACCCAGCACGAGAGGACUCACACUGGAGAAAAGCCCUUUGAGUGUGCAGAGUGUGGGAAAUCCUUCAACAGAAACUCUCACCUCAUUGUGCAUCAAAAGAUCCAUUCUGGGGAGAAACCCUAUGAAUGUAAAGAAUGUGGCAAGACUUUCAUCGAGAGUGCAUACCUCAUCCGGCACCAGAGGAUUCAUACUGGCGAGAAGCCCUAUGGCUGCAACCAGUGUCAGAAACUUUUCAGGAAUAUCGCUGGCCUCAUUAGGCACCAGAGGACUCAUACUGGUGAGAAGCCCUAUGAGUGUAAUCAGUGUGGCAAAGCCUUCAGGGACAGCUCCUGUCUGACCAAGCACCAGAGAAUUCACACUAAGGAAACCCCGUAUCAGUGUCCAGAAUGUGGGAAGUCCUUCAAGCAGAACUCUCACCUGGCAGUACAUCAGAGACUCCAUAGCAGGGAGGGUCCCAGCCAGUGUCCUCAGUGUGGAAAAACGUUCCGAAAGAGCUCAUCCCUUGUUCGACAUCAAAGAGCACACCUGGGAGAGCAACCCAUGGAAACAUAAUAGUUUGGGGCCACAUGAGUCUUCCAGUUAGCUCUCAUGCCUGUGUUUAGGAGGCGUGUCUUACAUCUGACUCCUCUCUGGUCAGUAGAAAAGAAUCCUUUAAGCUAACCAGUGAAUUGAUGAAUGUGAGACAUUGCUGAGCCACACUGUUAAGUCUGCUCAUUGGGGAACUCAGGAGACAACUUAGGAUGGUAGUAAAUGCAGAAAAGUCUUUGGGGAUGAUUCAGUCUGUACCAGACAUGACAGCACACACACUGGA